UGGCUUUCUAUGAGUCAGCCUUGUGGCUUUCUCUCCGACUUCCUCAACUGUCCCUAUCGCCAGACUUACCAGACUCUGAUUGCACCACCGUACACAUGUCCAACGUGCAAUGGCGGUUUUGCAGACCAAGAAACGAUCGAAAUGGUCCAGGGCCCUUGGGGUUGUAAUCAGUUACUUCGAAACCAUGUUGGGGGCAAUCAUGCAAUUCCAGGCCAAUGGGGUAAUGUUCAACUGGCUCUAAGUGGACCAAGGAGCGCUGCGAUUAGUUGUGUUGCAACAGCUGGCAGUGCGACUCAUCUAGACAAUAUGACACAAAACUUCACACACGACCAUAGGUUUACAGGGCCAGAUGGACCAGCGAUCAUUCCGAAUAAACCGAGAUACUACGACAAUGGGUAUUAUGUGAACGGCAGGCGCAAGAGAAGCAGGCACAAAAGCCAUUACAAGUACAAGUACACUGACAAGCCUGCAACAAACUGUGCGGUUAUGUGAGGGCGCUUACGGUAGAGAGUGAGGGUAUAAGCUUGUUUGGAGCGUCACUAGCAGCCAGCUCAGCUCAGCGAAAUGGGUGCGCAGAAGCAGAUUUAGAGCAGCGCCAAUUGGGUGCGAAUGCUAGUUCAAUUUUAGCAGCAAUCACAUAUGAAAACC